UGUGUAGUAUAAUAUAUUAAACCCUAAACCCUUUUCCUGCAUUUUCUUUCAGAAUCUAUAAUCUGUGAAUCCAUCUCUCUUCCUCUCUUCGCCGCUGGGCUCUUUCGCAUCAAGUAAAAUGAAUCUCAACAACAUCAAAGUUCCUAAGAUGCCGGGAGGUGGAGCUCUUCCUACUUUGCUUAAGAUUGGAGUCCUUGGUGGGCUUGGCCUCUAUGGAGUUGCCAACAGCCUCUACAAUGUUGAGGGAGGCCAUCGGGCAAUUGUUUUCAAUCGUAUAUUGGGCAUCAAAGAUAAGGUUUAUUCUGAGGGGACACAUCUUAUGGUUCCAUGGUUUGAGAGGCCUAUCAUCUACGAUGUCCGUGCAAGACCUCAUCUAGUUGAGAGCACUUCUGGUAGUCGUGAUCUCCAGAUGGUGAAGAUUGGGCUUCGAGUUCUCACUCGCCCUAAGGCAAAUCAGUUGACUGAAAUUUAUCGAACCCUUGGUGAGAACUAUAAUGAGAGGGUCCUGCCUUCAAUCAUUCAUGAAACUUUAAAAGCUGUGGUUGCUCAGUACAAUGCCAGCCAACUCAUUACUCAGAGAGAGAAUGUUAGUAAGGAAAUUCGGAAGAUUUUAACUGAAAGGGCAGCUUACUUCAACAUUGAACUGGAUGAUGUGUCCAUUACAAGCCUGACUUUUGGGAAGGAAUUCACAGCUGCAAUUGAGGCCAAACAGGUGGCCGCACAAGAAGCUGAGAGAGCUAAAUUUAUUGUGGAAAAAGCUGAACAGGACAAGAAAAGUGCUGUUAUCCGAGCACAGGGUGAAGCCAAGAGUGCCCAACUCAUUGGUCAAGCUAUUGCCAACAAUCCAGCAUUCAUCACAUUGAGGAAAAUUGAAGCGUCUAGAGAAAUAGCACAGACGAUUUCAAAUUCAGCCAACAAAGUCUUCUUGAAUUCAAAGGAUCUAUUGCUGAACCUUCAGGAGAUGAAUCUGGAAACUCACCCAAAGUAAUCGGCAUUUAAGUUGAAAACUUAGUUAUUGCAACUCCUUAGUUUUUGGUUCACUUUGUUCAGUCGUGAGAACGUUUAAUAAAACAGUGGUGAGAAACGUAAAAGUCUUUUUUCUUCUCAUGGAAUUCUAAAAGGAGUUUUUUUUUCCUUUUUCUAUGGAUUAGUGUUCAAACAUAACAUAUAUUUGAUGAAGGGCUGAUUAGUUGAGGUACAAAAGAGCUGUUGGACAUAUGUAUGAUGUUUCUCACAUUAUGGUCAAUCUAUAUCAUCUUUCUAAGUUUAUAUCCUUUCUUUGCCGGAACUCACCGCAGUGGUAAGAAGGAACUAGGCAGCUUUUUGUUUUUUUUUUUUUUGUGGGUUCAAAUUUAAACCAUUCUCUUGUAUCACUGGUUUUAAAGCUCAAUGAGUACUCUAACAAUCCGUUCCUAAUGGAACCUGUUGGGCGUGAGUUAUCUUUUGGAUCACGCCUAGGUUUGAAUUGAGGGGUUGUGAGAGAUGGCUUGAUGGGA